UGAGAGAUCGACAGGGAAUUAAGCCGGAAAGAAGGAAGAAAAAGAAAGAUAAGUAGGCGGAGGAGGAAGAAGAGGAGAAGAGAGAAGAAGAUCAAAUAAGUAGCACGAGAAAUAUCGGAGCGAGGGAGAUCGAUCAGGAUGGGCCAACACUCGUGCUGCAACCAGCAGAAGGUGAAGAGGGGUCUGUGGUCGCCCGAGGAAGACGAGAAGCUCAUCCGUUACAUCUCCACUUAUGGUUACGGGUGCUGGAGCGAAGUCCCUGAGAAAGCAGGCCUUCAAAGAUGUGGGAAGAGUUGCAGGCUUCGUUGGAUCAACUACCUGAGACCAGACAUCCGGAGAGGAAGGUUUACUGCGGAAGAGGAGAAUAUCAUAAUUAGCCUUCAUAGUAUUGUUGGCAACAGGUGGGCGCACAUAGCGAGCCACUUGCCGGGGAGAACUGACAAUGAAAUCAAGAACUACUGGAACUCAUGGAUAAAGAAGAAGAUCAAAAAGGCCAAGGAGACGACCCCCGAGGCGCCUCCUGCAGUUCUUGAUCAGUUUGCACCAUCUGCAGGUUAUGCAUCUGAUCAGUUGCAAAUAACAAAGCCGCUGAAUCCGUUCAGCGGAAUCGGUUGCGCUCCAUCGGCCGCUCCGGUUUUCAUGACCGGAAUUGAAAUGUUGGACGGUGGUGCAAGAGGGGAGGAGUUGGUUCAUCAGUACAAUGGCUGCACUGCUGGUAAAUGGCAACCGGGUCCCCAAUUGCCGAGCAAUUCGUUUGCACCAGCAGAUGUGAUCGGUUCUAACUAUUUGCCGCCAUUAAUGGAGUCGUGGGAGGUGAUGGGGAGGGAUAGCAUUGACAUUGCAGUGAGGUCCGGUAUGGAUGGAGUUGGGUCGAUGGAGGUGCAGUCGAGUGGGCUGCGGGAUGAUGUUGAUGGAGGAGCGAUGGGUAGUGCCGAUCACUGCCUGGGGAGGCAGGAGUUGAGUGGAUGGGAGAGCUCACAGCAUUACCCAAGCUUGCUUUUCUGGGAACAAGUAGCCGGCCAGUUGAAUGGUACUGCUGAAGAGUUUCCCCACCUCGUCCCUUCCAAUAUGGAAGUACCACUGUCCUCUUCCUACGGAUCCACUUCUUAAUUGGCACCAGUGAUGAGUCCUCCUCUCAUAUACACCUACCCCCAAAACCUUAAGUGAUCAAGAAUAACCAGGCUCUCUCUCUAUUCUUUGGUCUGUCACAGUAAGAGAUUCAUCCUUUUUUUGGUGUUUUACAGUUUGAAGUACCUCCUCCUCUCUCUCUCUGACUCUCUUCCUGCCAACUUAUGCCUCUCUCUCUCUCUCUCUUUCUCUCUCUGGUGCGUGCAGCGUCACAGCAGUACUGUGUGAGUUUCAGCCUUUGAGAGUUUGAAGCCGAUAAUGUAAUAAUUUGGGGGAAAAGGGUUCACAAGUAUGCCUGCUCUUCUCUGCUCUCUGUCAUGCAUAAAUAGCGAAACAACGAAUUUUGAGGAAGUCUACAAAAAAGUAUGGGCUCUACAUGUACUUCCAUCGACUGUUGCCAUGUCUACUUCUUCUUUGGAGUAUCAAAUGCUUUUGUAUGUUCCCCCUCUUUACAUCUCAUCCCUUAGGUCCACAGUAUCCGCAUAGCAAUACGGACGCCUCCGAACAUGGAUGAACAAUACCAACUGUUUGAGGUGCGCUUUCCUAUGCUGCACUGUAUUCACAUUAAGCCAGUCCAAUUAUCGCCAAUCUUCUUAUUGUUUAUCAAAGGCUUUUGAUCUCCAAAUGCUGUUAAAUAAG